GUCGUCCUUAGGCACGACACCCGCAUACACGAAGCGAUCCGGCCAUCGAUCCGGGCGAACCUCCAUCGGCUUCUCGGUUUUGCCUUUCAGACACGAUCCGCUUGCGGAAUCACGUGUGUUUUAUCUCCGGCUCUGAGCACCGAGACAGGUGUCCACCUGGCCAUCAAAGCUCGCUCCCUGCUGGAACACCAGAAAUUUAACAAAACAAAGCAGAUGCCUACUGUCGGCAAGCCUCCCACUCGCCAGGGCAAGAUGCCAAAGCGCGCAAAUCAGGACGGCGGCGCGGCGGCGGCGGCGGCGGCAACGCCCGGCCGCGCGAAGCGCGCCACGCGGGCCACGCGGGUCCGCGGCAAGGUGUCCCCCGCAAAAGCCAGCGGCAGCAGCGCACCAGCGGGUGCUGCUGCCAGCGGGGGUGACCCCGAGCCGACAGCGGCGCAAACCGCUCCCUCGGUAAAAGAAGAGGAUGACGGUGUUGCUUCGCCUGAUGAGACCUCCGCCGGCGCCGAUGCCGCUGCCGUGGCGGCCGCUUCCGGCUCGCCCGUGGAGGAGUCGCCGAAGCUCCAGGCGGAAGAGGAGGAGGCGACCAUGAAAGGCGGCGGCAGCAGCGAGCUGGUGGCGCCGGCUGCGGACGGCGCUCCUUCUGCCGCAUCUUUCUCCUCCUCAGUCGUGCUUGGCGGUGAGACCACCCCGCCGCCAUCUUCCCCUGGAGCCGCCGCCGACGCCGUCGCCGCCGACGAAGAGACUGACUCCAAGGCCAGCAACGAAGAAGAGGAGGCUCCUUCCGAAGUGGCGGAGGAAGGACCCGGGUCGCCUGCUGAGGGGGAAGCAGCUGCGGAGCCAUCUCCGCCCGCUUCCGCUGCAGACGGUGACGAGGUAUCCUCCGCAGGAGAAGAAGAGGAUGACCCCGCUGCUGCUGCUGAAGCUGUUGAAGCUGCUGUCGAUGCUAAUGGCGGUGACGCUUCGUCGUCGCCGCCAGCGGCAGCCCCUCCGGCGGCAACGCCGGACGAUCCAAUGGACACGGACGACGCUGCUGCGGCAGGAGAGGAAGCCGCCGCGGACGAUGGCGAGCAACAGAAGACAUCAUCAUCCGACCCUGCUGCAGAACAGACUGCUCCUGAAACCGACGAUAACAAAUCCAGCGUCGAAGAUGACGCGGCGAAAGGAGCAGAUCCUCCCGCUGCUGCUGCUGCUACUGCUCCCGCAGCAGCAGCAGGCGUCAAGUCUAGAUGGUCACCCGACGUGGGUGCUACUGCUGCUACUGCUGCUGCUGCUGCUGCCCCGGUGACGCCCGCGGCAGGUGGCAUGUCGGUGGCUGAGGCGGCGGCGGCGGCCGCCAUUGCCGCUUCCAAGAGUCUCGUGCUGACCGCCGAAAACCUAGACGUCCAGCGCGCCGCGGACUUCAUGCUGGCAGUCAAGGGGAACAGCUACAAGGGGGCGAGAGUGUUUGUGGAGAGCGUGCUGGCGACGAUAGACCGCAAAGAGCGGCUCGAGCAGGAGAGCCUCAAGCGCAGGCAAGCAAACGCACCUCAGAGGCUGAGAAUGCCUUGUCGGUGUUCUCGGCCGUGUUGUCACAAUGUGCCAAUCGCUUCAAGAACAUGACGCACUGCAGGAAAAGCCCUUGAGAGCCCUGUCAAGUGUAGACAGCCCCGGCUCUCUUCGCAAGAUUUGUGGUAUCGUUGUUGAUAUUUGCCUGUACAUCGUCCUGUACAUCGUACACCGUUCCAAUCUAUGAGCCGUUAAGUUAUGUGCUGGUCCGACUGCCGCGAACAAUCUUCUCCCGUGGUGAUAUAUGCACCAUUAUUGUUGGCAUCGUCGACAUCAGUACCAGCAUGUCUCCUCGUCUCUCCUCCAGUAGAUAGCACGCCAGCGUCGAGGAAGAUAAAUAAGCAUGCGGCCUCGGAGUUUCAACUUUCUCCCAGCUAUCCUGCAAUGCGACUGAGGCUAUCGAAUGACGAACGUCUCUCUAGAGGAAAGAUAGGCUGUCUCCACUUGGCUGUUUUCCUUGGUGUGGUUAGUUGCCUCUUAGGUGUUCGGCGGGUGUGUGUGUGGGUCCCGCCCCCCCCGCCCCCGCUUCGCUCUACUCACUGUAGAUGAGGUGGUCUCGUAUCUUGCGCCACCAUAUGACUGACUGCCCGAAUCUCCAUUCAUUUGAUCAUCGUAUGGUUUCUGCCAGCGUCUUCUCCCGCGGUGUCGAUUGUUUUGGUCGCCCCUCAAAACGUUGUAUCUUCAUUUCGCUCAAAAGCCAAGUGUUGGGUUGCGCGCCUGCGUUUGGUUGAGUUUAUUGAAGAACAUCGCUGGAUUGCGGCCGAAUGGACCAUACGGUACCCUCCUCUGCGACAAACGGUAGCCCCAUGUCGGUCAAGCGGUAGCUAUUUCGGGGUGUGCAUGUCUGCUUCUUGGCCCGUUGGACCGACUCCCUUGCCCUCCCUCCAAUUUCGCUAGCCAGAAAAAAAGGUGUUCUCUUUCGCUCACUUCGACUUCUCUUCGCUCGCACGAUGUUUUCUCUUACUACCUCGUUGCCCCUUGGGCAUGACAUGCCUCCCUCGCCCUCCGGACGUCUGUGUCCAUGACGCGUUGGUCCGGCGUGGGUCCCGAACUUCCAAUGGAAUGGGACAUUUCCCUAACCUGACGGGCUUUCCCGUCCGCCGCCGAACCCCUGUCGUUUCGGCACGCGGGGCGACAAAACGAAACACAAAUCUGUCUGAAACGUACGGC